AUGGCUGUCCCCAGAAGGAGUCCUUCGGCCUGCCUUCUGUGGAUGCUACUGCUGUGGGGAGGUGAUGGUGGCUGUCAGGCCCAGCGUGCAGGCUGCAAAAGUGUGCAGUAUGACCUGGUCUUCCUCUUGGACACCUCUUCCAGUGUGGGCAAGGAGGACUUUGAGAAGGUCCGCCAGUGGGUGGCCAACCUGGUAGACACCUUUGAGGUGGGCCCUGAUCACACCCGUGUGGGAGUCGUGCGCUACAGUGACCGGCCCACUACAGCCUUUGAACUGGGCCACUUCCGCUCCCGCGAGGAAGUGAAGGCGGCCGCUCGGCGCAUCACCUACUAUGGGGGCAACACGAACACAGGUGACGCGCUGCGUUACAUCACCAGCCGAAGCUUCUCUGCCCAGGCAGGCGGCCGACCUGGGAACCGAGCCUUCAAGCAGGUGGCCAUCCUAUUGACGGAUGGCCGUAGCCAGGACCUGGUGCUGGAUGCUGCAGCUGCUGCCCAUGCAGCGGGCAUUCGCAUUUUUGCAGUUGGUGUGGGCGCCGCCCUGAAGGAGGAGCUGGAUGAGAUUGCUUCAGAACCCAAGUCUGCGCAUGUCUUUCACGUUUCCGACUUCAACGCCAUCGACAAGAUCCGUGGCAAGCUGAGGCGUCGGCUUUGCGAAAACGUUCUCUGCCCCAGUGUUCGGGUAGAAGGAGACCGCUUUAAACACACCAAUGGAGGAAGCAAGGAAAUCACAGGUUUCGAUCUGAUGGAUUUGUUCAGCGUGAAGGAAAUCUCAGGGAAGAGAGAAAACGGAGCCCAGAGUUCCUAUGUGCGGAUGGGUUCCUUCCCUGUGGUACAGAGAACUGAGGAUGUGUUCCCCCAAGGGCUUCCUGAUGAGUACGCCUUUGUCACAACCUUCCGGUUCCGGAAAACAUCUCGGAAAGAAGACUGGUACAUCUGGCAGGUCAUCGACCAGUAUGGCAUCCCACAGGUCUCUAUCCGGCUGGAUGGUGAGAACAAGGCGGUUGAGUACAAUGCUGUGGGUGCCAUGAAGGACGCAGUCAGGGUGGUCUUCCGAGGUCCCCGAGUUGAUGACCUCUUUGACCGUGACUGGCACAAGAUGGCUCUAAGCAUCCAGGCCCAGAAUGUGUCCCUCUACAUUGACUGUAUGCUGGUUCAGACGCUGCCCAUCGAGGAGAGGGAGAACAUCGACAUCCAGGGCAAGACUGUGAUCGGCAAGCGUCUCUACGACAGCGUGCCUAUUGACUUUGACCUGCAGCGGAUUGUGAUCUACUGUGACGCGAGGCAUGCGGAACUGGAGACUUGCUGUGACAUCCCGUCGGGUCCGUGUCAGGUGACCGUGGUGACAGAGCCUCCGCCUGCACCUCCACAGCUGCCCACGCCUGGUAGCGAACAGAUCGGGUUCCUGAAGACCAUCAACUGCUCAUGCCCUGCCGGAGAAAAGGGUGAACGGGGCUUUGCUGGCCCUGUGGGACUCCCUGGUCAGAAGGGUGAUUCAGGACCCAUUGGACUGAUGGGUGCUCCAGGGCCCAAGGGAGAAAAAGGAGAUACUGGGAGAGGACCCUUCAUCCAAGGAGAAAAGGGUGAGAAGGGAUCCCUGGGCCCACCUGGGCCACCCGGCAGAGAUGGCAGUAAAGGCGUGAGAGGGGAACCAGGAGAGCUGGGAGAGCCGGGACUGCCCGGAGAGGUGGGCAUGCGGGGCCCUCAGGGACCCCCUGGACUGCCAGGACCUUCUGGGCACGUUGGAGCUCCUGGUCUCCAAGGAGAACGAGGUGAAAGGGGGACUCCAGGAGAAAAGGGCGAGCGAGGCCUGGAUGGAUUCCCUGGGAAGCCUGGAGAGCCAGGAGCACAGGGAAAACCUGGACCUCCUGGUGUGCCAGGACCCCAGGGAGAGAAGGGAGAUGUGGGGCCUGCAGGACCCCCUGGCGUGCCAGGCUCUGUGGUGCACAGAGAGGGCCUGAAGGGCGAGCAGGGAGCCCCUGGACCAAGAGGUCACCAAGGCCCACCUGGACCUUCAGGAGCACCGGGUUCUAUUGGUCCAGAAGGCAGAGAGGGACCCCCUGGGCCUCCAGGUCUCCGAGGGAAGAAAGGGGAAGUGGGUCCACCAGGAGCCCCUGGAGCACUGGGGCCACAGGGCCCGCCUGGAGCACCCGGUGUUCAAGGGCCCUCUGGACCUGGAGGCCCUCCGGGUUUACCUGGAGAACUGGGCUUCCCUGGAAAACCCGGGCCCCCUGGUCACAUGGGGCCACCUGGAAAGGAUGGGCUGGAUGGACCACCAGGCCUACCUGGCUCCAAGGGAGAACCAGGGGACCCUGGGGACCGUGGUGCACCUGGAAUGCCCGGACCUCGGGGAGAAGUUGGGGAGCAGGGCCUUGCAGGUCAUCCUGGCGAGAAGGGGGAAGUUGGCCUUCCUGGUGCUCCAGGCCUCCCAGGACUGCGUGGAGAGAAAGGAGACCAGGGAGAAAAGGGUGAACUGGGACUUCCUGGGCUAAAAGGUGCCCAAGGUGAAAAGGGUGAGGCUGGUCCAGCAGGCCCCCCUGGUUUACCUGGAAGUCCAUCAGUGUUCACACCGCACCCUAGAAUGCCAGGAGAGCAAGGGCCAAAAGGAGAAAAGGGUGACCCUGGUAACCCUGGCACCAUGGGACCACAGGGUCGUCCUGGAGAACUGGGCCCUCGGGGACCCACUGGACCUCCGGGAGCCAAGGGACAUGAUGGUGCACAUGGGGCUCCUGGAGCAGCUGGAAGCCCUGGUGCUCCAGGACCUGCAGGACCCCCCGGUGUCAGUGGUCCCCCAGGAAGUUUGGGUCCCCCUGGCCUCAGAGGCGCCCCUGGGAAAGACGGGGUGCGUGGGGAGAAGGGAGCAACAGGGGAGGAAGGCAGCCCGGGCCCAGCUGGUCCACGGGGAGAUCCUGGUGCUCCUGGCCUCCCUGGGUCACCUGGAAAAGGGAAGGAUGGGGAGCCGGGACUUCGUGGACCACCUGGGUUACCUGGCCCCUUAGGAACCAAGGUAAAGUGUGGGAGGGUAAGGGGAGAGGAGAACGCCAGCCUUGGUCAGAGAUGCUUCUUUGGUGACCGAGGAACACCUGGGAUCCCUGGCUCUCCCGGCAGCCGUGGCGACCCAGGCAUUGGGGUUGCUGGACCGCCCGGCCCUUCGGGACGACCGGGAGACAAAGGACCCCCGGGAUCUCGCGGUUUACCGGGAUUCCCCGGCCCCCAGGGACCAGCUGGCCAGGAUGGUGCACCAGGAAAUCCAGGAGAAAGAGGGCCUCCUGGAAAACCAGGCCCUUCUUCACUGCUGUCUCCAGAGGACAUAAAUCUGUUAGUAAAGGACGUAUGCCAUGACUGCCCUCCUGGUCCCCCAGGCCUCCCAGGUCUCCCAGGUUUCAAAGGGGACAAAGGUCUCCCAGGAAAGCCAGGGAGAGAAGGGACAGAAGGCAAAAAGGGAGAUACUGGGCCUCAAGGCCUCCCGGGGCCUCCAGGAGUAGCUGGACCACAGGGAAACCAAGGAGAACGUGGUGCAGAGGGUGAGGUGGGACAGAAAGGUGAUCAGGGUCAUCCUGGAGUUCCAGGCUUCAUGGGCCCACCAGGGAAUCCUGGGCCACCAGGAGCCGAUGGAAAUGCAGGCCCUGCAGGCCCACCAGGACUUCAAGGAUCCCCGGGCAAAGAAGGCCCUCCUGGUCCCCAAGGCCCAUCGGGCAUUCCAGGAAUCCCAGGAGAAGAAGGCAAACAGGGCAGAGAUGGAAAGCCAGGUCCCCCUGGAGAACCGGGCAAGGCAGGAGAGCCAGGCCUGGCAGGAGCAGAGGGAGCCAGAGGUCUGCAGGGCUUCAAGGGACACACAGGUGAUCCUGGCCCCCCUGGUCUGAGGGGGGAACCUGGGACUAUUGGCCCCCCUGGAAGGGAAGGAUUGCCAGGAAAAGAUGGUGACACUGGACCUGCAGGACCACAGGGUCCCAGAGGACCAAGGGGCCCGCCGGGUAGCAGCGGAUCACCUGGAGCCCCAGGAGACCCUGGCCGUCCAGGAGCCCCAGGCCAGAAGGGAAACAAAGGAGAAAAUGGCAGCCCAGGACUUCCAGGUUUUCUGGGUCCCCGUGGGCCUCCGGGAGAAGCAGGAGAGAUAGGUGCUCCAGGCAAAGAGGGUGCUCCUGGGAAGCCUGGAGAGCCAGGAACCAAAGGCGAGAGGGGAGACCCUGGAACCAAAGGUGACAAAGGAUUACCAGGAGGGAAGGGCCAGCCUGGAGACCCUGGAAUCCCAGGCCACAAGGGUCAUACUGGCCUGAUGGGUCCCCAAGGACAACCAGGAGAGAGUGGCCCUCCUGGACCCCCAGGGCCACCUGGCCAGCCAGGAUUUCCAGGACUGCGGGGCGAGUCUCCAUCCAUUGACACCCUGCGGCGCCUGAUUCAGGAAGAGCUUGGAAAGCAGCUAGAAGCCAAACUUGCCUACCUCCUGGCCCAGAUGCCUCCUGCACACAUAAAAUCCUCUCAGGGCAGACCUGGUCCCCCAGGACCCCCGGGAAAAGAUGGGCUCCCAGGACGGGCAGGCCCCAUAGGUGAACCAGGACGACCUGGCCAGGGUGGUCUGGAAGGACCCUCCGGACCAAUGGGCCCCAAAGGUGAAAGAGGAGUCAAAGGUGACCCUGGCGCACCUGGAGUUGGCCUCCGAGGAGAAAUGGGUCCCCCUGGAAUACCAGGUCAACCUGGGGAACCUGGCUAUGCGAAAGAUGGACUCCCAGGAAGCCCUGGUCCUCAGGGAGAGACAGGACCAGCUGGACAUCCUGGUCCCCCAGGCCCUCCUGGCCCUCCUGGCCAGUGUGACCCCUCCCAGUGUGCGUACUUCGCCAGCCUUGCUGCCAGACCAAGUAAUGUGAAGGGCCCAUAG